AUGGCAGCACACAAGAGGAUUCUACAAACCUUUAGGGGUAAGAUUGCACCUGCACAGCAGAAGAGGUUGGACCAGUUGAAGGUUGCAAGCAAUUCUUGGACACCAACAUGGACUGAAAACUUGGUCCAAGAUCUAUAUGAAGUCUCUGGAAAGGGUCAACGUGUUGGGGUGAAUUUAACUCAACAAUCUUGUAGUUGCAAUGUUUGGCAGCUGACUGGAUUGCCAUGUGAACAUGUUAUUGCUGCCAUUGCACACAAGAAUGAACCUGUGAAAAAUCAUGUUCACCAAUGGCUGAUAGUGGAUGCUUUGCAUGCCACUUAUGAACACACACUCAACCCAGUCAAUUCCCAACAAUAUUGGCCAGCUUGUGAUGCCCCAAAACCACUUCCUCCACACUUGAAAAGGCCUAUUAGACGUCCAAAAAAAAUCGCAAGAAGGAUCCCACUGAAGAGCUUAUGA